AUGAUAGAACCUGUUGAAAGGAAGCCAUGCAAGGCCAUGAAUCCAGAUCGUCUUCGUAAGCUCAUAGACUCACCAAGCAUAUUAAAUGACACUCGCAAGGUUUCAAUGGCAAUUGUAAAGAGCCAAACGCUGACCAAGUCAUGGAAUGGAGAGCAGUCUGAUAUCCGUCCGUUCGAGAAAUUGGCAAUUCCAGCACAAGUCAUUCGCACGAAAGAUUUACGCUCAAGCGCGAUAAGUGUAGGGAAAUCGGUUGCUCCAAGUGGCUUGCAAUUGAACGAUGUUGCCAUCAUACCGAAAAAUGACGAGUUACAGAAUGAGUUUACAACCUUUUUGAUGACGCAGAAAGAAACAGUAACUUGUGCUGCAGAAAUUGAGCAAUGCGCUAUUCCGAAAUCAGUUUUGCUGAAGGAAGGUAUCAUGAACCCUCAACAACGGCGCGAGCGACUGCGCUUUGAAACGGACCAUCUUCUUGCCAAGCGUGCCAUUCACCGCACUGAAAUGAACGAUCGAAGACUACAACAAAUCAUUAAAGGACGACAUUCGACUUGCGAUGUAUUGGGUACGCACCAUGAUGCUUCACGAAGUGAAGGAGAUGAAUUCAAAUCAAAUUCGAUACGCCUCAAUAAAUCUCAGAUUUCCCGCCGCGAGUAUCAAAGAAAAAACUCGAUGGCAAACUCUCAUUUGAACCACCACGACAGGUUCUUUAAUGACACUCCUCUUGAAAGAAAUCAGCAAAGAGCUCAAAAUCUGCGCAAUCAAAGCGCUGGAGGACGUCCGUAUGAUAUUAUCAAUGGAGGUCAUGUCAUGCACUUUCCACCUACGAUUGCUGAGAAGCAGCAUCAGUGGCAAGCGCACCCGUCCGUGAAUAUACAUCGAUAUACUCAGUAA